AUGUUCCCCCUGUACAUGCCUCCACCUUCUUUCUAUUCCUCUUCGAGACUAAGAAAUUCGCAGGGCAAAGUAGCGGAGCUGCGCCUUGAGCUAAAUUCUGGGGGGAAGAAGGACAAGAGUUAUUCGACAAAGAAGAUUGCUUUGAAGAAGAUCGUGGCCAACAUGACUAUGAGCAACAAUGACAUGGUUGCCCUCUUUCCCGACAUUAUUGGCUGCAUGCACAUACAAAGCCUGGAGAUAAAAAAGAUGUGCUUCCUUUACCUUGUCAACUACUCGAGGAUGCGCCCUGAGAUUGCCGUCAAGGCGAUUCCCGUUCUCGAACAGGACAUGGCCGACCCGAGCCCUCUGGUUCGAGCUCUAGCGCUCCGUACCAUGUCGUACGUGCAUGUCAAAGAAUUCGUCCAUGCCACAGUUCCUCAAGUCAGGCAGCUGUUGAGAGACAACGACCCGUAUGUUCGAAAGACAGCGGCCUUCUGUGUCGCCAAGCUGUACGAUCAUGACAAACACAUGGUAGAGAAAUCGGACCUGAUCGACAAGUUGAACUCGCUGCUCCGAGAUGACAACCCGACCGUGGUUGCCAGCGCGCUCGCCUCGCUCAUGGAUAUAUGGGAGAGAAGUGAGGCCAUCAAGCUUACCAUUGAUUAUAACAAUGCCUCGAAGAUGGUAGCUAUCCUUCCCGACUGCUCUGAAUGGGGUCAAACGUACAUCCUGGAGGCGCUCAUGACUUAUGUACCCCAGGAGUCCUCGGAAGCGUCGCUAUUGGCCGAGCGCAUAUCCCCGCGACUUUCGCAUUCAAACUCGUCGGUUGUGCUGACCUGCAUACGCGUGAUCCUGUACUUGAUGAACUACAUCUCGGAUCAGAAGCAAAUAGCGGCGCUCUGCAGAAAACUGUCGCCACCGCUCGUCACUCUGCUGGCGAAAGGACCAGAAGUGCAGUAUCUUGCGCUCCGGAAUGCUUUACUCAUCUUGCAGAGACGCCCGGAGGUGUUGCGCAAUGACAUCCGUGUUUUCUUCUGCAAAUACAACGACCCCAUUUACGUCAAGGUCACGAAGCUCGAGUUGAUAUUCAUGCUGGCCAACGAGAACAACAUUGAAGAAGUGCUAACCGAACUGCGGGAAUAUGCAACAGAGAUUGACGUGCACUUUGUCAGGAAAGCUGUCCGGGCGAUUGGAAAGUUAGCCAUCAAGAUAGAGCCUGCAGCAACACGAUGCAUAAACCUCCUGCUUGAACUGGUGGCGACAAAAGUCACAUAUAUCGUGCAGGAAGCGACGGUGGUGAUUCGCAACAUUUUCCGAAAGUAUCCGAAUCAAUAUGAGUCAAUUAUCGGCACGCUAUGCGAAAACCUCGACUCUCUCGACGAACCCGAGGCCAAGGCAGCCAUGGUGUGGGUGAUUGGCCAGUACGCCGACCGCAUCGAAAAUUCGGAUGCCCUUCUCGAGGAUUUCCUUUACUCGUUUGCCGAGGAGCCGGUCGAGGUCCAAUUAGCGUUGCUCACGGCGACCGUCAAGCUCUUCAUCCAACGACCGACGAGGGGCCAGGAGCUCGUGCCCAAGGUUCUAAAGUGGGCGACGGAAGAGACGGACAACCCGGAUCUACGAGAUCGAGCCUACAUGUACUGGCGCCUACUCUCCACGGACAUGAACGCAGCCAGACAGAUUAUAAUGGGAGAGAAGCCACCGAUUACGGCGGAGUCGGAAAGGCUCGACCCGCAGACCCUCGAGGAGAUGUGUUUGAACGUCGGGACCCUGGCGACGGUCUAUCUAAAGCCAGUGCAAACCGUUUUCCGCUCAGCGCGGCCGCGGAAGCUGCAGGAUUCGCCUUGCCUGCAGAGGGACUCCUUAGUGGCGCCCGGAGACGGACAAAAGACCCUCAGCAUGUUCGGAAAAGGAGGACAGCCGUCUGACAUCGACCUCCGGAAUAGACCGGCGGCGGCGGCAAUACCUUCCAAUGGCGGAGCUGCGUCGUCGUCCAGCGGCUUUAACGAUGCCGACGCAUACUUUGCCAGCAUCGGUCCGCAGCAGAUGGCAGCCAUGAGGAUUGACCAAGGUGACGUAUUCGGAGGAGGGGGAAAUGGGCAAGAGAGUGGGUACGUAGUGAGUGCACAUGCACCUCAGCAUGUGCUGCAGCCGGCGCAGGGCCAAGGCAGCAACGGUGAUCUUCUAGUUCUGUAA